CAGCGGCGCCCAGCGGAGGCGGUGGGCGCAAAGUGCAGUACGAGAAGCCUCCAUUCAUGGGGACCCGCUCAACUCCCCCAUCCCGCUCCGGUCCAGGCGGUGCGGCCCAACCCCGGGUACAGCCCCUCCGCAGGGCGGGGCGGAGCCGCGCCGGGAGGAGCCGAGUCUUGCGGGGAGGAGCCGAGCGGCGCCGGGCGGAACCGAAGCGUGUCGGGCCGUGCAUGGCCGUACCGGGCCGAUCCGAUCCGUGCCGUGCCCGCCAUGGCCAUCGCGCACAUCGCCACCGAGUACGUCUUCUCCGACUUCUUGCUGAAGGAGCCGCCGGAGACGCGCUACAAGGGGCUGCGGCUGGAGCUGGCGCUGGACAAGAUCGUCACCUGCAUCGCCGUGGGGCUGCCGCUGCUCCUUAUCUCUCUCGCCUUCGCCCAGGAGAUCUCCAUCGGUGCUCAGAUAAGCUGCUUUGCUCCCAGCUCCUUCUCCUGGCGACAGGCUGCUUACGUGGACUCCUACUGCUGGGCAGCUGUGCAGCAGAAGCAACCGUCCCAGAACAGCUUAGAAAACAUCCCCCUGUGGCUGCAUAAAUUCUUCCCAUACAUCCUUCUGCUCGUCGCUAUCCUGCUGUAUCUCCCAUGUUUGUUCUGGCGCUUCACCGCAGCACCUCACCUUUCUUCAGACCUGAAAUUCAUUAUGGAAGAACUUGACAAAGCCUAUAACAGGGCAAUCAAAGCUGCUAAUAGCAUCCGCAGCGGAGAUCCCAGGGACCCCGCUGACUUGGUUCCAGCUGUUAAUGAGAACUUCACACAGAGUUUGUGGGAAAUAUCUGAAAGCCACUUUAAAUACCCGAUUGUGGAGCAGUACCUGAAAACAAAGAAGAAUUCCAAGUGCUUAAUAAUUAAAUACAUUAUCUGCCGUUUACUCACUCUAAUAAUUAUCUUCAUUGCAUGCCUCUACCUGGGCUAUUACAUUAGCCUCUCCUCUUUGAGUGAUGAGUUUCUCUGCACUAUCAAAACUGGGAUCUUAAAGAAUGACACAGCUGUUCCAGAAGUGGUUCAGUGCAAGCUUAUUGCUGUUGGUGUCUUCAAGGUACUCAGCUAUAUUAACCUGAUAAUCUAUCUCCUAGUGAUGCCACUGGUAGUGUAUGCAAUGUUUGUUCCGUGGAGGUGGAAUUCAGGUGUUCUCAAAGUGUAUGAAAUCCUGCCAACUUUCGAUGUUCUGAAGCUGAAGUCAAAGUGUUUCGAUGACUUAAGCCUUUACCUCCUCUUUCUUGAGGAGAACGUGAGUGAACUUAAAUCGUUUAAAUGCCUCAAAGUGCUGGAGAACAUUGCAGUUUCUGAGAAGUUUGAUGUCAUGCAACUUUUGGUAAACCUUGGCACUAUUAAGACAGAUACCAUAGAUGGGAAGCCAGGGACAGCUGUGUUGGAGAAGCCUGAAGGAACAACUACAGAAGAGCUGGAAAAAAAUGCAACAGAGCUACAAGUUUUGACAGACCAUGAUGCAAGUGGCAACACCAGUCCGAGAGAAGGUAAAAAAGUUCGCCAAAGGCUUUUAGACUCUUCAUGCUGAUGCUUCCCUGCCACAGCAGGCAGGAGCUUUGUGCUGCAGGAGGGCUUCUCCUCCACCUCCGCUGCGCUGAACACAAAGUGCUGCUCUUUGGAUGCAACUGUCUCCCUGGCCUGACAAUCCAGAGAGGCCAAACUGGUUUACAGACUACUUGUGUAAUAAUCAGCAAUCAUGUACCUGAAAAAGCACGGUGUGGACUUUCAUUAUUUAUUAAAAGAAACCAACUGCAAAAUACACAAGGAGCAGCAAGAACAAGAAAUGUCUAUCAUGAGUAACAAGCAUUGAAUGCAAUUGAAGCUGGCAGCAGGAAAGAGCUAGCACUAUACUGUAAGGGAAUGGGAAACAUAACACUGUAGGUAACAACGUGAGAUGGCCACUUUGCAUUCUGAAGAGUUGCUCUGCUGGGAGCAGCCAUCUCAAUUCUGGGGUGUAAGUGAAGCAUCUUCAGGUGCUCUGCCCUGGAAAAGGGGUUUCUUUGUUGGCUUUUAAUGAGUCUGGUUAAUGUGUAGCAGGUGGUGGCUGGCCACUGAUACUGGCCGUGUCCUCAUAGGAAAAAUAGACAUUGCUCUGUUCAGCCUGAGAUGUCUUGGUUAGCCAGCUCAACAGUGAUGUCUGGGAUUAAUUACUUGGCACUGAUGAGAAAGAAACUACAACCAGGCUUAGUACAAGGGGGCACUGUAAAUGUUGGUGAUUUUGAAUUUUUUAUGGAUUCAUAAAUUAAUAAUGUCUUAACACUAUUUUUUACAAAAUGUAAUAAUACAUAAGUUAAAUGUUUCGUUUCUAUUUCUCAGUUGUUUUGAUCUUAGUGCCUAAAAAAAUCCGCCUUGGAGUUUGGACUGAAGAUCAGUGAAAUUGGUUCCAUUUUUGUGAUGGUUUGUAGAAGUUUUGUAACAUUUGUAUGUGUAGAAUUUGUUUAGAUGUGUUUUUAGUAUCAAAUGCAAUAUUAGCUUGCUGUUUUCCAAACCCCACUUGAGAAGACAGUCUUAUUUGUAUUACAAUAGCAUCUGAGUGCCUCAGCAGAGCCAAAGUGAGGAAGAUGUAAGUAUGACAAAAGGUUGACUUGAUUUUAGUUAAAGAUAAGAUACUGAAGUGGAUUGAAACAGACAAUAGGAAGGAAAGUGUUUGUGCAUUGGAAAACUGUCCUUGUUUGUUGUUGGACAGUUUUGGGAGAGCAGCAUUCAGUUUUAAUGUCUUCCCCCUGCCCAGGACCUCCACCUUCAAUGAACAUUAAAAUUACCUUUGUCUUGAAUUUUGGAUACAAGGUGAGGUGGGAGGGGGUUUAAGCACCACAGUGGCAGUGUGUAUACUUCCACAAAUGUUAUAUGGUCACUUGUUUUUCUGUAUUGUCCAUGUAACUGAAGUGUUUUGCCUGAUCUCUUCAGAGUUGUCUUUUUAGACAAAGUAGCACCUCUUUUAUAGCUAGGUAGGAGUUCCAUUUUCUGGUUCAUCUGUGUCACUCGCUGUUCUGUUCUCGACUGUCAGCAUCCUCCAUAUGGCUGAGGAUGAGGGGGGAAAAAAGAAGUAAUUGGUGUUACCAUCUCUGCACAGAACCAUUUAUGUGCUGCAGCAGAUUUCAGAGAGAUAGUGUACCUACCUGGAUUUGGCAGCUGUUGUUAAAGUGGAUCCCAAAGUGCUGUCAUACUAUAGUUUGGGUGAGUAUUACAAGAACUCUUCAGUUAUUAUAUGGCUUUCAGCUAAGACAAGCCUUACCUAAAAGAAAGUCUUAAAAGCCAUAGUAUUAUGCUACCUCCGCAUAGGACAGUAGCAGAGCUGCAGUCCUAAUGUCUGUUGCAUUACCAGCAAGAAACAGGGCUUGUGCCGGGCACUGAUGACCCAAAGUGCUCAAUUUUACUGCUAUACUUCUCCCAGCAAAGCUACAACCCCUCUGACCUUCUCUAGAUUGUUUCUGCCUGGCUGUGCUGUGUUGCUGAUGGUCUUGUAUAUGUGGGUAAUGCAGAUGCAUGUUGUGCACUGUGUGUUUUGAACAAGGAGCUAUAGUAAAAUAGGGUUUGUGAUGUGGAUGUGUUAGAACUGUUUGAUGUAAGUAGAGUUCUCAGUCUUUAAAACUCAAAACUCCUGAAAGCAGCGUGUUCAACUUUCAUGUUGGAUAUGAACCUAACUUUUUACUAAUCCCCCUUUUGUAUUUAAAAAUAUGACUUGCUGCAGUGAAUCCCUUGUUAUCUUGUAAAGUGCUCAAUAAAAUACGUGUCCAUUCUU